GCUGUUUAAGAUAGUAGCGCAGGACAAUACUUCUCUGUUGGGGAUCUGAUUUCUUCCGGCCUCUCAAGUCUCAACUUUCCCCCUCAAAGUCAACCCAUUCAACUCCACAGCCCAAUUCUGCCUGAAUCCCAUCAUGUCUGACUUUUGGGAAGCAUUUUUCGACUCGCUUCCGCCCUCUCCCGAAUGGGCCCCCUUCUGGGGCAGUCUGUUCGAAGGUGCACUGUCAGCCUCCCUCAUAUGGCUCACAGCCCUGAUCAUUUCCACGAAACCUUCUGCCUUUGAAUUGAUCUGUCAUUCAUUGGUCCAUGUGUGUUUAUUCGUCUUUGCGGUUUUAUUUGGCUUCCAAGAUGGUUGGCCGAUGCUAGCUGUGACCGAACUUUUUGGUCGGACAAUUGUCGUUUUGUCGUUUCUGGUGGCUAUCUAUACUGUUUAUGAUAAACAGGGUCGAUCUUGGAACAGGGCUCGCACUGAUAGACUUGAGGAUUUAUCACAGAAGGACAGGAAAGAAACUCUCUGAAAAGGGUGCAUUCUAUCAAUUCGCACUUGUAUCUUCAGUGAUCCCAAACUCUCCAAGUACUCUCACAACACGCUCAUUUCCAGCAGACUUUGCGCAGUACAAGGCACAUUCUCCUUUAUCGGAACGACCAGGCACCUGAUGUAUACCUCUCUCUAUGAAAACCCGAACAACGUCUGCUUCUCCAUACUCCGCUGCCCUUUCCAGAAACCUUGAAACAACAGAAUGAACGCUAACUCCCUAAUCUAGGAGCAACUUCACGGUCUGGGCGAAUCCAUUCAAGAUUGCCAUAUAAAGUGGUUGAUCGGGUCCGCCAUUAAUAUUGGCCCCGUUUUGCUGUAACAGUAAAAUCGUUUGGCUAUGACCGUUGAAAGUGGCAAGUCUUAAUGGCGUACAAACUGUAAGAUCAUAAUACUCGUUAUUGUCAAUUGAUCUGCGCUCCCCUGUCCAGCAGUGGGGGAA